CGAGCAUCUUCAGCUCAACCACUCAAAUCACUAGCAGCUGACACUCGAUACCUUGCUAGACUAAUGCAUUCCAGCUUCUCUUGACUUGUAGCGUCCUUUUUCUGCAGUGCAAAAUCCCGGGCUUGCUCCUAGACCUGCGCAUAUAUCUUGAGGCUCUGUAGUGUUGUUUAUCUCCGACUCAUAUCAAAACACUGACAAUAUAACUCACUCACCCACCAGCCUCCCACGACUACUAUCUCAUCAUGGCGGAUCGUGCAUCCGCCCCCUUGCUUCAGUCCUACCAUGGCGACGACAGCGAUGAUUCUCCCACCUGGGACAGGUCCUCCCAGCAAGCUUCAUCUACAUCUCGCCGCUGGCAAGGAUGGCGCAGGACAAGCCAGCGCCUCCUCGAGUCUCGUACCAAGCACUUCGUCGUCAUGGGCAUCGUUGCGCUGGAUGUCGCUGCGCUUCUUGCAAACGUCUUUAUCCAGCUGAUUGCUUGCGAGAUGCACCAAAACGAUGAGCCCUGGGUGGAGCAGCUGACCGAGGGUCUGGAAAUUGCCGGUCUGGUAUUCAGCAGCCUCUUUCUCAUUGAACUCGGGGCAUGUUUAUUUGCUUUUGGCUUGCGCUUUCUUGCCUCUUGGUUUCAUCUCUUUGAUGCUGCUGUCAUUAUUGCCAGCUUCGUCAUAGAUGUAACAUCUAGAGGCUUGACUGAGUCCAUUGGAUCUCUGAUUGUCGUGCUUCGUCUAUGGAGACUGGCCAAGAUAUCCGAAGAAGUGGUGCUGGGCGCUACUGAGAGAAUGGAGGUGCUGGAGAAGCAGUUGGAAGACCUCGAGGCCGAGAAUAGCAGAUUGCGAUCCCAGCUCGGCAUCGAGUUCUCUGACCAUUCAGGCACUGAGUAGGAUUCGAAUCAAAAAUUGGUAUCAUUGACAUAUAUUACAGUUACAAUUAAUCUGUUGCACAAUCAAUGGCCCCCAAAACAAAUUCGCGUGUCCAGACAAUUCAGAGCUGACAUGUUAGCUCUGAUUCAUGGUAUAUGUAUGUUCCUAGAUUACUCCCAUUCAUUCCUUCUAUUCGAGACAAACUCCAGGUAUGUAUGACAGAAUCCUUCAUCCAUUUACACCAUCGAUGCAGUUUCGUUCCUCCAAAAUGAAAAAUAAAAAAACGCCCCUGAUAUCUAUGCUACCUCCCG